AUGAGACUGCAACAGCAAGCACCCAUUGUACAGGGGAUUCAGAUGCGGAGUUGGGGGAAAUGGGUAUCCGAAAUCAGGGAGCCACGCAAGAAAUCGAGAAUAUGGUUGGGUACUUUCCAAACCCCUAAAAUCGAGAAUAGAGCAGUCUCAGUUCCAAACAUUUGCAGAGACAAAAUCGAGAAUGCUCUCAAAAACCCCAAUCACCUCCCUUCUCUAUAG